GUGUGGCUGGGUCCGGUAGGGGUGGUCGCCUCCGUGGAUAAGGGGAUAGAGAAGCGGCCGCUUCGCAGCUGCAGCGGCAAGGCUUCCCCGUCGUCCACCCCACCGAGCGCAGCGCAGCGCAGCGAAGCCGCCGCAAUGGCCGCCUCCUCCGUGGCCUCGACUCUCCUCCUCUCGCUCUCCUCCUCGUCCUCGCCCUUCCUCUCCUCUGCCCCCGCCUCGUUCCUCCCAUCCUCCUCCUCCUCCUCCCCGCGCGUCUCCGUCGCCGCCGGAAGGCAGAAGGCGGCUGUCUCCGUCCUCCGCGCGCUGCGCGCCGAGGCGGCCACCCUGCCGGUGCUCUCCUUCUCCGGGGAGAAGGUCGGGGAGGUCGCCCUCGACCUCAAGUCCGCGCCGCCCUCCACCGCGCGCGCCGUCGUGCACCGCGGCCUAAUCACCGACCGCCAGAACAAGCGCCGCGGAACGGCGUCCACCCUCACCCGCGGCGAAGUCAGGGGAGGCGGCAGGAAGCCCUACCAGCAGAAGAAGACGGGGAAGGCGCGGCGCGGGUCGACGCGCACGCCGCUCCGCCCCGGCGGUGGUGUCAUAUUCGGCCCCAAGCCCCGGGACUGGUCCAUCAAGAUCAACCGCAAGGAGAAGCGCCUCGCCAUCUCCACUGCGCUCGCUAGUGCGGCCGUGGCAGAAGAUGCAUUCGUCGUGGAGGAGUUCGACGAGGAGUUCUCUUCGGGCCCCAAGACCAGGGACUUCGUGGCCGCGCUUCAGCGGUGGGGGCUCGACCCCAAGCAGAAGGCCAUGUUCUUCGCCACGGACUUUACCGACAAUGUGCGGCUCAGCGGCAGGAACAUUGGCUCCCUCAAGAUGCUAACCCCAAGGACUCUCAACCUAUACGACAUCCUCGAUGCCCGCAAGCUCUUCUUCACCCCGGCCGCCAUUGACUACCUCAACUCCAGGUACGGCGCCACGGUCUUUGAUGAAUACGAGGGUGAUACCGAUGGCGAGGACGAUGGUGAAGAGGAAGCAGAGGAGGUGCAAGAGGAAGAAGGAAGCGCAGAGGAGGCUGCUCAAGAUGAGACUGCAGAGACUGAGGCUGAUAGCAAUUCCUAGGAAAGAGGGUGUAGACUGGGUGUUUUUCAUUUGUUGGUCUGGUAAUUUCUUCCCUGAUGCAGAAGUGUUUUGGUUACUUUUGUUGUAAGUUUAUAACGCUUUUUCACUGAUGCAGUAUAUUAGAUCUUCCAAACUGCACAUAUAUUUUGAAAUACACUGUGAAGUGUCAACCACUGCAUAUUUUUCUUGCAAUUUCAUACAUAAGUGCUUCCCAA